AUGGUGGGCUAUUUUUCCCAUGGAAGUGAAAUUACAGGUUAUUUGGUAAAAGAAAAUCCAGACUGGCGUGAAGGUAUUUAUGCUUUUGGUGAUGAGCUUCCUGAUUUUCACCCAAGCAAAGAAAAGUUUCCAAUUGUGUCACAGAGAAAUAUGUUACCAGACACACCUGGAAAUUUCAAAGGCAUUCUUCAAGAUUACCAUAAAGAAUUGAAAGGUCUUGGAUUGAAGAUAAUGAGUGCUCUAGCUCAAGCAAUGGGUUUAGACAAAAGUUUUUUUGAUUCCAAAUUUCUCCCUUACACUACCACAACUAUUGGUAUGUUUCACUACCUACCAAGUACUAACCAGGUAAAUGAAAUAUCUUGUGGAGAACACACAGAUUAUGGAAUGCUCACCAUCCUCAUGCAAGAUGAUGUUGGUGGCUUAGAGAUUAAAGGAGAAAAUGACGAAUGGAUCCCAGCUCCACCAAUACCUGGAACAUUUGUUGUCAAUCUUGGUGAUAUGCUUGAGGUGUGGACUAAUGGUUCAUUCAAAGCUAAUUUACAUCAAGUGAGAAAACCAAAGAGUUGUAGAGAUCGUUUUUCGGUGGCGUAUUUCUUUGGACCAAAGUUGGAAACGGUUGUUAGUCCACUGGAAAUAAAAAAUCCCCUUAUUCCUUUCAAAAAGAGAGACAUAAACAAAAAAUUAAGUUACCGGCUGUCUUUGGUGAAUAUUUAUAUGAGAAAUAUCAAGGAACUUUUCCCAAACAUAAUUUUGGACAGAAGUGAAAGUCUUAGCAACUUUUAUGUGGCAAUUUUAUUUGCAACAUAAAUAAACUUUGCAAAUUAAAAGUGGGAAUUUUUUGUCACUCAAGCUGACAUAAGUUGCCUCAAACAUAAUUGCCAAAUAAAUAAUACUUUACACAAAUGGAUCUGAAAAUAUAUGUAGGUAUAUAUAGCUUCUUCAUUAAAGUCAAAUUCUUUAUUUAUGUUUUACUUGUAUCUAAUCAAUCAUGUAUUUACACAAGACUAACAAACUCGUAUGAAAUUCACUAAAAUGAAUUUCAAAAAUAUUUAUUGCAAAUGGUGGAACUUUACCAUAUUAAAGUGCUACGUACUUCACAAGAUGUGAUACAAGUCAAUAAACAUUUUACCUGUGUGUAAUAAUUAUAACUUUUUUUGUUCAUGCUACUGUUAUUAAUAUGACAAGAGAUCCACAGUAAAUGAAACUGUCCAAAAACUA